AUGAGUUGUUCACAGAAUGUGCUGUCUUUUGCAGAGUUGAAUCAACGUUUGCAUAAGGAUGAAGAAUGGCUUAAAGAUUUCCAAGAAGCCCUAAACAAAUCAAAUCAGAUACAACAAUCAGUUUGCACACUUCUUGGUAGUUUUCAGGACCGUAUCGACUCGCUUUCUGCAAAUGUUGCAACACUUUAUACAAAAUCAAGUGUUAUACAGAGGGAACAACAAAAUAUUCGCAAGCUUCUUUCUACGGUGGAUGCUACCAUUCAGUUUCAUGGAAAAACGACUGCCUUAGAAAAUACUAUCAGGGAUGGUAAUGUGAUGCUUGCUCUUGACGACUAUUUGGAGAAAAUGCGAACACUUAAAGAAGCAAUUGCUUUCUUUUCUACUCAUCUUACAUACAAAAACAAGUUGGAACAUGUGGUAGGAAAUUUGUUAGAAAUGCCAUCAUUCCGAUUGAGUUUAUUUAUGACGCUUCGCGACGUACAAAAAAUUCAUCAGAUUGCCAGUUGGCUUUUAGAACACAGCGAUUCAGAUGGACAACGACAAUUCCUUCAAUCCUAUUCACAAUUUCGAGCUGAAAAUAUGAUGAAACCCUUGCAAUUUAUUGCUGAUCAAAUCGGACCUAAUAAUCGAGUCAAAAGUGGACAAUUUGUUAAGACUGCACUGAAAAAAGCAGCUAGCAGGAUCGCUGAUUCAAAUGAUCAACUACACCGAGAUAAUGCAAUUGCCGUCACCCUUUUUAUGCUUUCAUCUACUGUUGUUUUAAUCCAACUUGAAACAGAGCAAAGUUCGGCCGUUUUUGGUAAUGUCAGUGUUGAGGCAGAAGUGUUAAGACAAAUUGUUGGCGCUUGUUUGGGUCGUGUUUUAUCACAUGCACUUCGUGUUAAUCUUGGCGAAUCAGCUCAAUUUGCCUCACUCCAAUCUUCCUUAUAUCGAAAGUCGAUUAUUCUCAUUAAAGAUUAUCGAUUACGAUUGUCAGAGGAUCAGAUUGGCGGUCGUUUUUUGCCUCAGGAUGGCAACGUGCAUCCAAUAAGUAGUGGAACACUAAAUUUACUCAAAGUAUUAGUUCAACAACAAAAAUUACUCAAUCAGCUUAUACAACGUGCCGAGGUUCAUGAGAGUCCAGGCGCUUUGGCAGUGCAAAUUCUGAAGGCUCUUAGUCAAAAUCUACGUCAAAAGAGUAGUACUUAUGAAGACUCUGCAUUAGCUUCUCUUUUCAUGAUUAACAAUCUUCAAUAUAUCGGUCAAACUGUAAGCCGUGAAAGGACUUUGCUUGCUCUCCUUCAAGGUGAUCAGACAGCAUUUCCUUCUAGUUUUGAAACAGAGGCGGAAAGUUAUUUACAACAAUUUUUGAAAGUUUGGGCUAAGGUUGGUGAGGUUUUCAACGCUGAUUUGGGGCCAGGAGAAGAGAAACGUUCUGUGAAAUCAAUUUUUUCGGUUUUUACUCGGGAAUUUGAUGCAAUCGUUGAACAACAAAAAAUUUAUUGCGUAGCCGAUCAAAUAACAGCUAACAAUGUCCGAAUGAGAAUAAAAAGUCUUGUCUUACAGCCUUUUGUUGAAUUUAGCAAAAAGAAUUCGCAAGAAUGUUCAGAACUUUUUGAAGCCGACAGGCAACUGAAAUAUGAUGCCGAAACGAUUGAAAUGAUCAUUGAUAGAUUGUUUGAUGCAACAUUAUGA